GUUAAAAUGAUCGAUACUAGCUUUACCACUUAGCCUCUGACGCCAGAACUCCGGUCGAUAAUUCGCCGGAGAAUCAAAUCCACGGGUUUUGUGUCUCGUGAUGCCUGGGUUCGAUAGAAUUAGCGAAUUACCGGAAUCUCUGAUUACUCAAAUACUCUUAUGCCUUCCGACUAAAGAUUCGGUGAAGACGAGUGUUUUAUCGACUAGGUGGAAGAAUCUAUGGCUAAAUGUUCCCGGACUUGACUUAACUUGCAGUGAUUUCCCUUUUGAAGAUGAAGAAUAUGAACAAGUGUUCAUUAACUUCAUCGACAGGUUUCUAGAGUUUAAUCCUGAGUCACGCCUGCAAACAUUCGAGGUAGAUUACAAAAGGCGUGAGAUACGCGGGUUCAAGGAUCGGAUCGGUACAGCGAUUAACCGCGGAAUUCGACUUCUAGAUGCUGUGAGUAGUACCAUGUAUUGGGAGGAGGAAUGCAUUAUGUAUCCUUAUUUGGAGUUCAUGCCUCUGAAUCUCUUUACAAGCAAGACGUUGGUUACUUUAAAGCUCCGGGAUUCGGCUCUUAACGAUCCGGGUUUGCUUUCUAUGCCUUGUCUUAAGUUCAUGAUUCUUCGUGAAGUUCGAUGGUCUGGUACCAUGAGUCUUGAGAAGCUUGUCUCUGGAUGUCCUGUUCUUGAAGACCUGACCUUGGUAAGGACCUUGAUAUGUCAUAUUGAUGACGAUGAAUUGCCGGUUACUCGUGUGAGAUCUCGGAGUCUGAAGACGUUUUAUGUUCCGCUCGCGUAUGGAGUAGGUUGUAGGUCAAGAGUCCCAGACAAAGUACUUGAGAUUGAUGCUCCAGGACUAGAGAAUAUGACUCUCAAAGAAGACCAUUUCGAUGGAAUCGUGGUAAAGAACCUGACUUCUUUGUUCAUGAUUGAACUUAAUAUCAAGUUUGCUGUCGAUUACCGCAGGAGUUUUGAUCCAGAGGACUUAUCGAAGAGAAAUGAAAUUGGUGAUUUUCUCACUGGGAUAUCUCGUGCAAGACAUAUGAUCAUCUCUCAGAAAACAGUGAAGGCUCUUGAAAGUUACUCAAAAGUUGGAUCGAUUCCCAAAUUCAAUAACUUGUCACAUUUAAAAGCUGUGUUCCCGAGCCCCUUGUUACCGUUCUUGCCAGCCUUUCUUGAGAGUUUCCCGAAUCUGAAAAACCUAAUCUUGGUAAAACCUUUUGUGAUUUUGGCAUAACAACAUUAAUUUUGGUUUUGUGGAUGUGUAUUAUUGAAAAUUUGGUGUUUGCAGAAGAUUGCUUUUGCAAAGGAUGAUGAGACGGAGGAGCUGAAUCUCAUAAACGUGCCUCGGUGUAUCGUAUCGACUCUCGAGUGUGUUGAGAUAAAAGGAUUGUUUGAAUGGGAGGAAGAGGAGAUGAAAAUAGCGAGGUACUUUCUUGAAAACGCAGCAGUCCUCAAGAAACUUACUAUGAGUUUUAUAGACUACCCUCGAUAUGCUUCAAAUUCAGAUGUCUACGAGGACCUUGAUAAACUCACAAAACGUUCUCAACAAUGUCGAAUUAUCGUUGAUGAUGAGUGAUGAAGAUUGAUCCGCAACCAUGAAUAAGCCCAUGAGCAUAUUUCAGUGUAGGAGUCUGUUUUUGUCACAAACUUAAGCUUUAGCAUUUUUUUUAAAGAUGAUCUUGUUGUUCUUCUUAGUUCUACUUGGAUUUCUUAGCCAUAGAUGUUGCAACUUGUUUGAAUUUCGGUUUGGUUUCAUAAAAUUAAAUUUUGAUGGCUUUGGAAUCAAUUUAGCGUUGAAAAAAAGUCAAAAAUUAGCGAAUGUUG